GGCGGAGUUGAUGGGAUCACGGGCAUACUGCUGCUUUAGGUGCCAGAACCUUGUUGCUUUCCAUGAUGAUAUUGUUUCCAAAGAUUUCCAGGAUCGUUUGAGAUAGCUGAGUUUGUGAUAAGAACAGAUGGUAGGAAGAUGAAGAACUAUCAUGUGCUAAUGAGGAUAAUGUGUAAGAGAGGUGAUUGCAAAAGAGUAGGAGAUUUGGUUAAGGAGAUGGAGAGAAGUGGCUGUGAUAUGAAUGCAGGUACGUAUAAUUUGCUCCUCAGUUGUCUAUGCAAGAGUGGUAAAAUCGAUGAAGCUUGGCUAGUGCUUGAAGCUAUGGAGAAAAAUUAUGGUUUAACUGAUGUGCACAGCUUUGGUAUUCUUAUUAACACUUUUUGUAAGAGGUAUCAAUUUGAUUUAGUUAUGAAGCUUCUUGAUAAAAUGACUCUGAAGGGUAUUGAACCUAGUAUUUUAACUCAUGCUGCGAUAAUAAAGUCCUAUUUUGAAUCAGGAAAGUACGAGGAAGCACAUGUGUAUGUGAUUGGUUCUGCAGAUAACCUUAGCUAUUCUAGCAAUGCAAACUACAGCUUGCUUGCUACCCUUCAUUUGAAGAAUGGGAAUGUGCUGCUUGCCAGUAAGGUUCUUUCUGAGAUGAUGGACAAGGGUCUUAAACCUAAUUUUUCAGCAUACAAAAAAAUUAGGACGCAUCUCGAGAAGAAAGCUGAAAAAGAUUUGUCUAUGGAAUUAUCAAGAAGAUACUUGAGCUUGAUUGAAAAAUGAAGAAAGAUUCUGAAUUUAAAUGACCAGAUGCUGUAAUUCCAUUCAUGUUUGCUUAAUAGUUGCUGUUCUGCCAUUUUGCUGAUUUGGUCAUUGAUAAGUCUCCAUUUGUUCAUAUUUUUCUAGAUUAAUUGCACUUUCUUGGGAUUUCUUUUUGCUUUUGUUUCUUUGCUUAAGGACAGAUUUGGUUUUCCUUCAAUAAAUUGUAGUUUUUCUAAAUCUUUGUUAAUUUGGGAUUCUAAAUCAUUGAAGAACAACUUGUGAAAUGCUCAACGUGUUAAAUGACUUGUUGCUACCAAUUGAAG